UUCCCCAGCUCGCAUGCUCGGGAACUCUCGCGAGAGGAGCAGAGGCAAGAUGGCCGUGCCCUGAUUUUCGGUGUGAGACGGUGGCAGCGACUGCGGGGGCUGACGGGGACAGCGGCGGCGCCGGGGACAGCGGCGGUGGUGACUGCAGUCUGGUAUCGUGGGCACUGGAGCUCUAGCUCCUCCGACUAGCGCGCGCCUCCGGAGCCCAGGCGAGCGCCGGCUCUCCUCGCCGCGGGAGAUGCGUGUGUCCCGGGCUGGCGGGCGCUCCGGGAGUCCAUGCUGCGCCCGACGCCGCUGGCCGCCGCUCUAAUCACCUCCCGCCGCCGCAGCGCCGGCUCCGUCGCCCGCGGCGAGCCUCCCGGGCCCCCUCCCUGCCCCCGGCGGCGGCGGCGGCGGCGAUGACCGGGGAGAAGAUCCGCUCGCUGCGCAGGGACCACAAGCCCAGCAAAGAGGAGGGGGACCUGCUGGAGCCCGGCGACGAGGAGGCGGCGGCGGCCCUCGGCGGCGCCUUCCCCGGGGGCCGGGUGGGCGCCGGCGGCAAGGGCGGCAAAGCCUACCACCGCAUCUUCAGCAACCACCACCACCGGCUGCCGCUGAAGGCGGCCCCGGCCUCCUCCGGCGCCCUCGGCGCCCCGGCCCUGCCGCUGCACAACGCGGCGCCCGCCGCUCCCCAGCCCCCGGCCCUUCUCGCGGGCAGCGGCCCCAUCGCCGUGGUCGCCGACGGAGGCAGCGGCCCCGCGCACUACCCGGUGCACGAGUGCGUGUUCAAGGGGGAUGUGCGGAGGCUCUCGUCCCUCAUCCGCACGCACAACAUCGGGCAGAAAGAUAAUCACGGAAACACUCCUUUACAUCUUGCUGUGAUGUUAGGAAAUAAAGAAUGUGCCCACUUACUUCUGGCUCACAAUGCUCCAGUAAAGGUGAAAAAUGCUCAGGGAUGGAGCCCUCUGGCGGAAGCCAUCAGCUAUGGAGACAGACAGAUGAUUACAGCUCUUUUAAGGAAGCUUAAGCAGCAAUCCAGGGAAAGUGUUGAAGAAAAACGACCUCGAUUAUUAAAAGCCCUGAAAGAGCUAGGUGACUUUUAUCUAGAACUUCACUGGGAUUUUCAAAGCUGGGUGCCUUUACUUUCCCGAAUUCUGCCUUCUGAUGCAUGUAAAAUAUACAAACAAGGUAUCAAUAUCAGGCUCAACACGACUCUCAUAGACUUUACUGACAUGAAGUGCCAACGAGGGGAUCUCAGCUUCAUUUUCAAUGGUGAUGCGGCCCCCUCUGAAUCUUUUGUAGUGUUAGACAACGAGCAGAAAGUGUACCAGCGAAUCCACCAUGAGGAAUCAGAGAUGGAAACAGAAGAAGAGGUUGACAUUCUAAUGAGCAGUGAUAUUUACUCUGCGACUUUAUCAACCAAAUCAAUUUCUUUCACGCGUGCCCAAACUGGAUGGCUUUUUCGAGAAGAUAAAACAGAAAGAGUAGGAAACUUUUUGGCAGACUUUUACCUGGUGAAUGGACUUGUUUUAGAGUCAAGGAAGAGAAGAGAGCAUCUCAGUGAAGAAGAUAUCCUUCGAAAUAAGGCCAUGAUGGAGAGUUUGAGCAAGGGCGGAAACCUCAUGGAGCAGAAUUUUGAGCCAGUGCGCAGACAGUCCCUGACGCCCCCUCCUCAGAACACUAUCACCUGGGAAGAGUACAUAUCUGCGGAGAACGGAAAAGCUCCUCACCUGGGUAGAGAACUAGUGUGCAAAGAGAGUAAGAAAACGUUCAAAGCCACCAUCGCCAUGAGCCAGGAAUUUCCCCUGGGAAUUGAGUCAUUAUUGAAUGUUUUAGAAGUAAUAGCUCCCUUCAAGCACUUUAACAAGCUUAGAGAAUUUGUGCAGAUGAAGCUUCCUCCAGGCUUUCCUGUAAAAUUAGAUAUUCCCGUGUUUCCCACCAUCACGGCCACUGUGACUUUUCAGGAGUUUCGGUAUGACGAGUUCGAUGGCUCCAUCUUUACCAUACCUGAAGACUACAAGGAAGACCCAAGCCGCUUUCCUGACCUUUAACUGAGGAGAAAAAUGCUGUUUCCUAAUCAGAGGACGCAGAGACCUGAAAAGCAAUUCCAAACCAGAGGGACAGAUGCUGUCAGUGGACAGGGGGGCGUCAGGCAUUGAACUCAGACCUCAGGAACAGCGAGAAAGACCCGGGCCUCUGAGAAGCAGUGCAGCCAGGUUCCCAUCGUGCCAUUUUUGGUCUUUUUAGAAUCUAAGUGUAAUAGUUGACACCUUACUGAUCCCAUGACCUUCGUAUGUAAAGCAGCUAUCAGUGCUGAUUUGUUUUUAAAAAUUUUCACACUUGUUGAAAUAUAUAUGCAUAUAAAUAUAUCUGUAUCUAUAUCUAACACUCCUGGACCAUUAACAUAAAGUAAAUGUCUUAAGAGAUAUGAAACCCUUUUAAACUUGUCACCUUAUAUUCAAGGUGACAUUUAUAAAUACUCCUUGGAGCUUUGUUUUCAUAAAAUGUAAACUAUGUAACAUUAUGUAUAGUUGAGUAAUUUGAAUGUGUGUUCAGUACAAUGAACUAGAAGGAAUGCAGCUUUCUGUAGACGAAUGAACCAAAUGGUAACCGAUAGGCGAUUGCAUUGGUGUGUUGCAAUACAUUUCCGAGGGAGCUCACUGCAGGGAAUAAGGUACCUCCUUUAGCACCUUAGUGCAAUUCAUUGUGGUGCUAUUUGUUUUUACCUGAAUAAUUUCUUCAAUGGGAAAUGUUUGGUACUAAUCUUCCUUUCAUAGAACCUCUAUUUUUUUUUUUUUCUAAACUUGCAUUUAAGAGUCCUUGUUAUGUUCAUAGGGUAUGGCAUGCUUAGAUUGUCCUCUUCCAAAUCUCAGCACUUUAAACCAAUUCCAAAUUUUUGAACUUGCUUCCCAAUAAUUAGUGCAUAUGUCUAUUUUAUUUUUAAGCGGAAUGUGGGUACAUUCUUGUCAGUUUAAAAAAUAAAACCAACCCAUGUAUUUUGGAUAGCCCUAUAUUUAACACGUUUACUAGGGGGCGUAAUUCGUCUCACGCCGGGUGCCUUGAACCACCGGUAGUACAUGCAUGGCUUUCCCCUUGAGUGGCUUUUGGCCAGUUUCAUUAGUAGAAAGAACAACAAAAGUGAUGAGGUCCACCUGUAGUACCAGUGGUACAAGCCGCCCCAUGGGACGGUCCUGUGUCACUGCUGGUGGCUCAAGCCUGUGGGACGUGUUACUGCUUUCUGAGGAAGACACAUUUUGUCAUCACAGUGGAUUUGUUACAAGCUAAAGUCCAAAUGCAUAGACAAGAUUGGUGAUUCCUACUAGUAUUUUUCAGCCACAGGAAAAUACUGAUUUUAUUUGUUUCCAAAGUGUAAAAUCAUGUAUUACUUAUUUUUGCACUUAAAAUUUUGGUAUUUAUUUCAAGCUGGUUUGACGGUCCAUGAACGAAAAUAAAUUAGGGAGAAUAAUGUAUAACAGGCACAAAGUGUUG